UUCUAAUUCGAACAAGUGAAUAUUAAAACAGUGGAAAAAAUGUUGCUUAAAGCAAUCUUAAUAGCUGCUUGCCUGAUCCAAACAUUGUCUCUUGCUGCAGCAAUGGAUGAUGAUGGGUUUGAUAUUGCAGCAACUCCAGCUCAAAUGGCCACGAUGCCAAGAAGUGAUAUUAUCAAUGGAAAACGCUUCGUUUUUGUCAGUUUUCUUACGGCUAACUGGUACAGGGCGGCACAUAUUUGCAAGUACAAUAACAUGGAGCUUGCUGCUGUAAACAAUGUUGAGGAGCAAAAUGCAAUCGCCAAACUUGCCGGAACCGUUGGUGGUUAUAGCAGUGAAUUCUAUGUGGGAGGCAACGACCUGGGACUUCAGAAAAACUGGUAUUGGUUGGCCACAGGAAAACCAAUAAGUUACACGAACUGGAGCGCGGGUGAACCAAACAAUUUCCGUGGUGAAAACGAACGGUGCGUGGUCAUUCUAAAGUGGAACAAAUACUUAUGGAAUGACACUAUAUGUGACUCUCGUCAAUUGUAUUUUGUCUGCGAAGAGCGCGCAAUCACAGCUUCUGGCUAAGUGAAAAUUGUCGGGAUCGUGAAUGAAAAAUGAAUUUACUGAGAAGAUUCAA